UACUAUAUAAACCAGCUUGUAAAUCCCAGGAAGACUUUUACAAUUCCGCAGUUUCCAAACUCUGUCCGACCUUAAUUUCCUCUUUUCAAGAUCCCAUUUUGCCCCAAGUUUGAUAUCUUCACUUUCUUUCUCCUAAUUUUGAUUAUCUGUUAAAUAUUGGCUGGAUAUGAUCUCACCCUCUGAUGGGUUUCUUCAACUCAACUGUAUGUUAUAUAUUAUAUAUUAGUUCAUCUAUUCACUUGUUUGUCCCUCCCAUCUCAUGUUUUGCGCUUUUGACCCGACGAUCUGAGCUUCAACUAAAGGGGACCCAAGUAAUAUAAAGGGCAGGGGUGGAUUUUGUUGUUAACAAUGGGAAACAAUUGUGUUGGACCAAGCAUUUCAAGACAGGGUUUAUUCCAAUCGGUUUCUGAUGCAGUUUGGAGAAGACGGAUCUCUGAUGGUGGUGUUGCUGCUGCUCCUACCAACACCAAUGGAGGAGAUAACACGCGGGAAACUUCUAAUCCCACUAGAGAUAUGGAAAUGCCCACAGCAGUCCAAAGUAAACCGCCUGAGCAAAUGACAAUGCCGAAAGAAGAAGAGGAACCUUCGAAACCCGUUAAACCUCCAAAGAUAAAGAGGGUUGCUAGUGCAGGCCUUCGAACUGGUUCUGUAUUGCAAAAGAAAACCGGGAAUCUGAAGGAAUUCUACAGAAUAGGGAAAAAGCUAGGACAGGGUCAGUUUGGGACAACUUUCCUUUGUGUGGAGAAGGUCAGUGGAAAAGAGUAUGCUUGUAAGUCAAUUGCCAAGAGGAAAUUGUUAACAGAUGAGGAUGUGGAGGAUGUGAGGAGGGAAAUUCAGAUAAUGCACCAUUUGGCUGGGAACCCUAAUGUGAUAUCAUUCAAAGGAGCGUAUGAGGAUGCUGUGGCGGUUCAUCUUGUUAUGGAGAUAUGUGCUGGAGGUGAGCUUUUCGAUAGGAUUAUAAAACGAGGACAUUACACCGAGAGAAAGGCUGCUGAGCUUACUAGAACUAUAGUUGGAGUUGUGGAAGCUUGUCAUUCUCUUGGGGUUAUGCAUAGAGAUCUUAAACCUGAAAAUUUCCUGUUUGUGGAUCAGAAGGAGGAUUCACUUCUCAAAACAAUCGACUUUGGAUUGUCCAUAUUCUUUAAGCCAGGAGAAAAAUUUAGUGAUGUUGUGGGAAGUCCUUAUUAUGUUGCUCCAGAGGUGCUGAGAAAGCGAUAUGGUUCUGAAGCAGAUGUUUGGAGUGCUGGAGUUAUAGUUUACAUUUUAUUAAGUGGAGUGCCUCCUUUCUGGGCUGAAAAAGAGCAAGGAAUAUUUGAGCAGGUCUUGAAUGGUGAUCUUGACUUCUCAUCAGAUCCUUGGCCAAGUAUUUCUGAAGAUGCCAAGGAUUUAGUCAAGAAAAUGCUUGUUCGAGAUCCAAGACGACGUAUAACUGCACAUGAAGUUUUAUGCCACCCAUGGGUUCAGGUCGAUGGUGUGGCUCCUGACCAGCCUCUUGAUUUUGCUGUUUUAAGUCGUUUGAAACAAUUUUCCGCAUUGAACAAGCUCAAGAAGAUAGUUCUUAGAGUGAUUGCAGAGAACCUGUCUGAAGAAGAGAUUGCUGGUCUGAAAGAAAUGUUCAAAAUGAUUGAUACAGACAACAGUGGGCAUAUCACCUUUGAAGAACUUAAAGACGGAAUGAAAAGAGUUGGUGCCAAUCUUAACGAGUCCGAAAUUUAUGAUCUAAUGAAAGCUGCCGACAUUGAUAACAGUGGAACAAUUGACUAUGGGGAAUUCAUUGCUGCAAUGCUUCACUUGAACAAGAUAGAGAGGGAAGAUAACUUGUUUGCUGCUUUCAAUUAUUUUGACAAGGAUGGAAGCGGUUAUAUCACAGCAGAUGAGCUGCAGCAAGCCUGUGAGGAGUUUGGCAUAACAGAUGUCCGUUUGGAAGAAAUGAUCCAAGAUGUGGACCAGGACAAUGAUGGACGUAUAGAUUACAAUGAGUUUUCAGCCAUGAUGCAAAAAGGAAAUCCAGUUGUAGGAGGAGGUGUGAAGAAGAAAGGACUGGAAAACAGCUUCAGCAUUAGGUUCAAAGAAGGAUUAAAGCUAUAACAUUGGUAACAAGAAUCUAUUUCUUUAUGUUUAUCUUCAUCUCUAUCUCCUACAGAGACACAUGUAUGAUUACUGUUUGUUCUUGCCAAAGAGUGUAUCUAGCUAGCUAGUUUAUGAUUUGUAUAGCAAUUGAGGAGAAAUGGUGUUUGGGCAGCCUUGUUCAUGAAGUGUGUAUUUCAAUUGACAUAUUGGCCUCUGUUUAUGAAAUUUAUCAUUAUUUUUCUCU